AUGGCGAACCGUCUUCUCAUAUACGGCCUUAUUUUGUGGGUAAGUAUAAUCGGAUCUUUUGCAUUAGAUAGGAACAAAACUGCUCAAAAUGCGAAGAUUGGUCUACAUGAUACCACUGUGAUCACGACUGGAAGUACAACGAACGUGCAGAAAGAACAUUCCUCACCACUAUCCACCGGUUCUUUAAGAACCCAUGAUUUUAGACAGGCCUCUAAAGUUGACAUACGGCAGGCUGACAUACGGGAAAACGGUGAGAGGAAAGAGCAAGAUGCACUAACACAGCCUGCAACACCAAGGAAUCCGGGCGAUUCGAGUAAUUCAUUUUUAUCGUUCGACGAAUGGAAGAAGGUCAAGUCGAAGGAGCACUCAUCAGGCCCUGAACGUCAUCUUAGUCGAGUGAGGGAGCCAGUCGAUCCCUCUUGCUAUAAAGAGAAAGAAUGCAUAGGAGAAGAGUUGGAAAUCGAUUUGGGGUUUUUGACAAACAAAAACGAGUGGAGUGAAAGAGAAGAAAAUCAAAAAGGAUUCAAUGAGGAAAAGGACAUAGAGAAAGUUUACAAAAAAAAAUUCAACUAUGCAUCCUUGGAUUGCGCUGCAACAAUUGUCAAAAGCAAUCCAGAAGCGAUUGGAGCGACUUCUACGUUAAUUGAGAGCAAAGACAAGUAUUUACUGAAUCCCUGUUCAGCUCCGCAGCAAUUCAUUGUUAUAGAGCUUUGUGAAGAUAUCCUGGUGGAGGAAAUUGAAAUUGCUAAUUACGAAUUCUUUUCCUCGACCUUCAAGAGAUUUAGGGUGUCAGUUUCUGAUAGAAUACCGAUGGUUAAAAAUGAAUGGACAAUAUUAGGAGAAUUCGAGGCAAGAAAUUCAAGAGAACUACAAAAGUUUCAAAUACAUAAUCCCCAAAUCUGGGCAAGUUAUUUGAAAAUCGAAAUUCUAUCCCAUUAUGAGGACGAAUUUUAUUGUCCCAUAUCCUUAAUCAAAGUAUAUGGUAAAUCAAUGAUGGAUGAGUUUAAGAUCGAUCAACUAAAGGCUCAAGAGGAUAAAGAACAAUCCAUAGGAACUAACAAUAUAAACAAUUUGAAUGAACAAAAUAUCCAAGACAGAUGUAACAAUAUAGAAACGCGUUUAGAGACUCCAAACACAAGCAAUCUCUCAGACUUAGCUGGUGCAUUAUCAUGUACUUCAAAGCUCAUCCCUUUGAAGUUCGAUGAAUUUUUCAAGGUGCUUAAUGCAUCCUUUUGUCCUUCCAAGCAAAUGAUAUCUUCUUCUUCUUCUUCGGCUGUUCCUGUAAUUCCAGAAGAAUCCAUUUUUAAGAACAUCAUGAAAAGGCUGUCACAACUGGAGACAAAUUCUAGUUUGACAGUUUCUUACAUUGAGGAACAGAGCAAACUGCUAUCUAAAUCGUUUGAACAACUUGAAAUGGCGCACGAAGCAAAGUUCAGUCAUCUUGUCACGAUAUUCAACGAAACAAUGAUGAGUAAUCUAGAUCUGCUGAAUAACUUUGCCAAUCAAUUGAAAGAUCAAUCUUUACGUAUAUUAGAAGAACAGAAACUGGAGAAUGACAAAUUUACUAACCGUCAUUUAUUGCAUUUGGAAAGAUUGGAAAAAGAAGUCAGUUUUCAAAGAAGAAUUGUUUAUGCGUCAUUUUUCGCCUUCGUAGGGUUGAUAUCCUAUCUAUUAAUAACGAGAGAGCUUUACUUUGAAGAUUUCGAAGAGAGCAAAAAUGGCGCUAUUGAAAAGGCAGACAUUGUUCAACAAGCAAUCAGAUGA